AAUGCUAACAAAAUGGCCGAUAGUAAUGAUUACGAAAGAAUUUUAUGUGUAAAAAACGAAGUCUUCGUCUUUCGUAUUCCACCGAGAACCACAAAUAGAGGCUAUAGAGCUGCUGACUGGAAGUUAGACCAACCCGACUGGACAGGCCGCAUGAGAGUAUGUUCGAAAGGAAGUGAGCUGUAUGUUAAACUAGAAGAUAAUUCAAAUGGUGAACUUUUUGCCAAGUGUCCUGUAGAUGCACAUCCUGGCAUUGCUGUGGAAUCUGUGACAGAUAGCAGUAGAUACUUUGUAUUAAGAAUUAAAGAUGACAGUGGUCGUCAUGCAUUUAUUGGCAUGGGAUUUCAAGACAGAGGAGAUUCAUUUGAUUUCAAUGUCUCACUUCAAGAUCACUUUAAACGACUUAAACAAGAACAGGAACAAGAGAAUGUGCAAACAGACAAUUCUCCAAAAUUAGAUUUAGGUUUUAAAGAAGGUCAAACUAUUAGAAUAAACUUUGGGAAAAAGGCUUCUACCACACAGGCCAACAAACCAAAAGUGGAAGGAAGUGGUAAUUUUGGUAUCCUCCCCCCUCCCCCUGGUGGUGGUGGUGCUAUACCCAGACUUGCAGGACCCUCUCCUGGAGCUGGCUCCAGACCAGUGGUGCCUCCGAGCACAGAUGCCCCAUCUUUCCAACCCACACCGCCGACAAAUGUUGCAGUAUCCAACCCGCCCUCAGAUUGGGGGGACUUCACAACGGCAAGAGCUUCAUCACAACAGCCAACACAAGAUGGCUCCUGGGUACAAUUCUGAAUUUUUAAACUACGACGGACAUGUAUACUGCAAGUCAUUUAGUGUUUAUAUUUGAUGGAAUGAUGGAUCAAUUGCACUUUUAUUGACAUGCUAGGUUUCUUCUUAAAUUUUGUAUUUAACUGUGUAGUGCUUUUGUCGUCGCCCUCACGCCGUUUAUUGCUAAAAUUCCAUCAAAAUGACUUUGGCAACUAUAGUACUAGCGUUUCACCUAGUCUUAAAAUUAGACCGAUGAUGCAUUUGCCUAAAAUUCUCGAUGGUACAACUAAUAUAUAAAAGUCAAAGAUUUCGUUUGUUAAAUUUGUUUAAUUUCAAUACAAAAAUUUUAACAUUUUAGUUUUCCUCAUCAGCAAAUAUGUCAAAACACGAUGGUCACGUAGUUUGUGAUAGUCUAUCAAUUUGAAGUACAAAACUAGUCAAAGUCGUCCAAGUAAAGAGGAAAACAAGUAAAAAACUCACAAAAUUACCUAGGUGGAAAUAUGUUUACCGGUUCAACAAGAAUUUUUUUACAUUUGUUGGUUGUACCGCGUGUCAAAUAGUUUGCAGUAGAAAGUGAAAACGAUAUAAUUGUAUUUGCGUUCAGGAUGCAAAACAUUUAAAAUUUGUGUCAAGCAUCCAAUAUUUUGAUAAAUUACAAUGCAGUGUCUU